UUAGGUCAGUCCACGCUAAGCCAGAGAACAUGUUAACUUAUGACAGACUUGUUCAUUAUGCAGCACAAAACAAUGCAGGAAAAAGAUUGUGUCCACACCCAAAUAACUCCAAUCAAUCUUCUACUUAUGAUAAAUGUACUAUGGCACCAGAGAACCACUUUGACUGUGCAAGAGAUGGAGUUCUCAGCCAAAAAGAGUGCGAAGACAGAGGCUGCUGCUGUGCCCCUCUGCCUGACACUGCAGGACCACCUUGGUGCUUCUAUCUUCAUUUGUACCCUGGUUACAUCAUGGGUCCCCUCAGUCCCACCAGGAGAGGACAGGCGUCCACUCUGACCCGUGCCAAACCCUCCUAUCUGCCCAAAGACAUCUCCACUCUCCACCUAGAAGUCAUAGAAGAUUCUGCAGGCUGUUUACACCUGACUGUAAAGGACCCGUCAUAUCCAUGGUAUGAAGUACAGCUUCCAGGUGAACCUCAUUCAGGUGCUCACGGAAAAACUGAUUCCCAGGACACUUUCUAUCACACUGAAUUCCACCCUGACCCAUUUGGGUUUAUUGUAUGGCGAAAAUCCAAUGGAAGAGUAAUUGUGAACACUACAGUUUCUCCUCUGCUGUUUGCUGACCAGUACCUGCAGCUGUCCACCGCACUGGCCUCCACUUUUGUGUCUGGGCUUGGAGAGCAUUACACCUCCCUCCGUCUGGACCUUAACUGGACUUCUCUGACUCUCUGGAACAGAGACAUGGCCCCUCAUUUCAAGAGGAGGAUGGCUUUGCACAUGGAGUUUUCCUGCUUAACAGCAAUGCAGUUGAAUGUCAGUGACAGAAUUGAAAAGGAACCGCUGGACGGACCAGUCGUGAGACAACUGGAAAGAGGGGGAAGGGCUGUUGUCAAGGGUGAUUGGAGAGAACACAUCACAGUACCACUGCAGACAGAUCUACGGAAAUUCCGCUCCUAUAAAGGUGGGUCAGUUCGAGACCUGCUGCGUGCAAUGAGAAACAAGAAACACCAUUACAGAGAGUUGCCUGCUGAGGUCCAGGAGACUCUAGGCUCCAUCCCUGAUGACUUUGUGUCUUACUUCACAUCCCGCUUCCCUCACCUCCUCAUGCACACCUACCUGGCCAUGCGGACCUGUGCGCCUGAGAGGCCUUUCCUGCCUUACUAUUCCACUUCAUCGCAGCUUACAAAAACACAGGCCCAGCUCACACACUGUGGGUCACAAAGACAGGAUGAACCAUGCACACAACACCCAACAAACACAUCACCACAACCUGGACAGUCAUCACAAGAGGUGCAGGUCUCCACAGCACCUGCUGAAGUGUUACUCCCUUCAUCACCUGAUUUUCCAGUUCAGACAAUAAAGCCAGAAGACUUGCACAGUCAGACUAAUGUCUCAGAAUCAUCUGCAGUUCCUGUCGGGCAAAAAGAAUCCAGUCACUCACUGUCAGAUGCUCCUGCACUGGACAAUGAUCCAGUCUGAACCAGACCACAGUUAGUGGACCCAGCACAGACGGGGGGGCAUUGCCUUAAAGCAUGGACACCAAAGGGACAGUUGCAGUGCUGGUGAGGACCAGGCCUGCAGUGCCUGAGAUCCACCAAAGGCAUGGCAGCUGCACCCUGAACCAAGUGCCUUCUGCUCUUCUGGUAAACGUUUCCCUGCAGAACCGUCCAGGUCUGUUUCUGCCUUGAAAAGUCACAUAACCAACAAGAUUUUGUUGGACAUUAUAUUGUAGCUGGACUGUGAAAAGUGAAUAUUUUAUUUUAUUUUAUAAUGUCCAAACAUAGUGUUUAUCCCAAAAGUGCCUGGCCUUUAUUGUAGGAAACAUGUGGAUGUUGUUAUUUUGGGGGGGUUGGUUUUAUUGUGCAAUGUUGUAUUUCUUGGUGAACUUGUUCACUGCACAGAUACUGUAUGUAUAUUUUUGUAUAGACUGAUUCAAAAUUUGGAUCAUUGAUGAUAAAUGUUUAAAUGUAGCUACGGUGCCUUUUUUUUUUUUUUUUAAAGAUAUCACUAUGCUGUGUGGGUACAGAUCGUUUAAAUUGACUAUGCUAAAUGUGAUCGAUUCCAGUUAAUGCUGCUAGACUGCUUCUCUUUUGUCAAUCAAGUGACUCGAUAAGAGUGGACUGUUCCAAAGAUUGUUCACGUUGGCAUCUGAAUACAGUAGGUAAUUGAUUCCUCAUGAUUAUGUUGUCAAAUAAGAGAUGAGGUCAUGAUGCAAAAUGCUUCUGUGUAACUUUUAAAGGGUGUCAAAGUUAAUGAAGUUAAUGACUUGCACAUUAAAUUCUAAUAUUUUUAUACUUGA